AUGGCUCGCCGGGUGUAUGGCAUCGGUGUAGAUGUGGCGCUGGUGUCGCGCUUCGAGCGCAGCUUUGCACGUUUUGGUGAACGGCUUCUCAUGCGUGUGCUCCACCCUAUAGAAAUCGCUGAGUUCCACGCUCGUCCAAGUGCUCAACGUGUGAUGUUUCUGGCCUCCAGGUGGGCAGUGAAGGAAGCUACAUUUAAGGCUUUCCAACGUUACCGCGUGCGAUUCCCGGAGAUUUACGCGGUCCGAAGAGGCUUGGAAGACUCUGCAGUCUCUACAGCUCUACAUGUAACAAGUGACUCCAAGGCACUGCGUCUUCAGUUCUCGGGCGAGACAAAAACUCUCGCCAAACGACUGCGAUUAGUGGAGCCGCAUGUGUCAAUAUCACACGAUGGAGACUACGCUGUGGCUUAUGUGGUGUUACAAGAAGAGGUCGAUGGGAUGAUAAAGGCAGGAAUGUCUUAG